AAGCUGGAGCAGGGAAGUGUCAUCGUGUCAUACAAUGUUCACCUGGCUUCAUCCUCUAAACAAAAGUCGUCUGACGUGCAAAACAUCAUCACAACCAACGCAGAAAAUGGUGAGCUGCAGCAUUUGAAGGUCAGUGGUGUGGUUGUUACACAGGUGGAAGAUGACAAAAGCAGUGACAGUAGAUCAACUUCUACAUUUAUCUACAUUUUGUGUGGCGUGGGAGGCCUCCUGGCUAUUGGCAUCAUCGUUCUGGUAUUUUCAAAGGUGAGAUUAGGAAAUAGGUUUGGCUGUUGUUUUCUAAAAGUAAAAGGGAAUAUAAUUCUUAAGGCUAGGUAAAAGCCGUAGAAUGGUGAAUAACUUCGAGUUGCACUCUAAGGCGGAGUUUUGUACUUGUUGUGUUUCUAACGAUUUAUAGUAGAAAAUCAACUAGACUGAUUUACAAAUAAACAAACGAGCGAGAAACAACAAUGCGAAUCAGUUCUUCAUACACUUUGUUCAAAAGUGAAAACAAAAGGUCCGAGCCCCUGAUGACAAGUAAUUUAAGUCCCAGUGCCCGCGCACCAGUAAAUUUAACAGUAGAUAAACUUUCAGAUCGGAACAUGUUGAAAGCCUAGUCAGCACAAAGUCAGGCACAAACCCUGGUUAAAAGGCGUGCUCUCUCACUCACAAUUUUUCUUGUUAACCGGGGUUGAAAGAGGAGUUAAACAAAAGCUUUUACCAGUCGAAGCCGAUUCCAUUACCUAGCUAAUCUGGCUGGCUCAAUUCAAGUAGGGAGGCUAGACAAUUUUUAUGGCCAAUUAGUUGACAACAGCCAUUAUCAACUAAGCGAACCAUUCAAAACGGAAAGCAAGUAUGUAAGCCGCUGAAACGUGCAUAAACCGGCUUGUCAUGAGUGAAUCAGGAUUCAAGUUUUCAAGUUAUCUCGUUUCCAAAGGCCUUAGCCUCUGGUGACGAGAACGGCGGGAGGGGGGAGGAGGGGAAGGAGGGGGAAGGGUGUGGCUUAUACUUAUUCUGUUUUUUAUUUCGUUUCAGUAUCGAGACUGCAGCAAAAGGAAUCAGGUUCGCACCAUAAGUUCAAACGCAAUGGCUGAUACAAACAUGUGAUUAUGUGCACAAAUAAUGAAGCUUAUCGAAAGUCGUCUAUUAACGCCUUUAAUUACUAAAUGAAUAUUUAACAAUUAUGAAUGACGCUGGGUAUCUGAAGAAUUAUGGACGGCCUAGGCGGAUAACACUCUCCGAGAUCGCCAUAAUUGUUCAUAUGAUACGAAAGCCGAAUUCAAUAAUUGUUUUAUUAUUUAUUCAAAAUAAUUCCUAGUUUAAAAACAUGGCUGAAACAUGCUUACCUCCAUCGAUCCAUCGAUGUUAAGUUCAUCUUCGAUAGUGCACAUUUAGGGUUGAUCAGCUCCGCAAAUAUUCUCCAAAUAGCAGAUGUUGCCCUUGGAGUUGUCUUCUUGCUGUUCUUGCCAUGCUUUUAGCUAUUUUUUCGCCUUUUUCUUACUCUUGAAACGAGUAAAAUGUCCGCCGUUUUUCCAGCACGAGGAGCCGCAAGAGGUGAUAUUUUUGCACGGCAUCUGGCGGCACAUCAAAGAAUUUGGAAUUGAAGGGCAAAUUCCUAGAAUAUCUUCGCCAGUUAAGCUAGAGAAAAGGUGUUAAAAAACCUCAGGAUCCAAAACAACACGUCAAUCAAAAUAUCACUUGGACCUUUUCGCUAAUGAAGAGCUAUCACGCGGCUAAGCUUGAAUUAGACAUAUAUUGAAAUAUGAACUUGUGUCAAUAAAGUAUCUUAAGUGAGUGGGAAUCGCUCCUAGUUAAAAAACUGGUUCACGGGAAUAUGCAUCUCUUCUAGUUAAGAGAAGGGAAUCAGAACUGCUUUUCAUGCAGGAACAGGUUUUCUUCGGGUAACUACAAAACUUCAGCUUAUUUCACUUCUUGACAUUGUCAAAGCGCAUUUUGUAAAGAUAACUUUUUUCGCUUUAUCAGCUUUUUUUAUAUUAUAUUCCAUUAAUGUUUAACCUCCCUCAAAAAGCAAAAUAAUAUAAAUGCUGUUGUUAAAAAAAGCGUUUUACCUGUUUUCGUGAAUUCGUUACCCAAAGAUCACUAUGCUCAAAGGACAGGGCAAAAUUUCCAGGAGAGAGGCGUUAAUUUUUUUCCCACGAGAUUACAAAGAGAAAAUGCAAUGAUUAUUAUUGUAACCAUCAGGUAUACUCUACCCACGAGGUUACGGACAGCAAAUGCAGCGAUUAUUUUUAAUGUAACCAUCAGGUAUGUUCUACCCACGAGGUUACAAAGAGAAAAUUCAAUGAUUAUUAUUAACGUAACCUUCAGGUAUGUUCUACCCACGAGGUUACAGAGAGCAAAUGCGGUGAUUAACAUUAUUAUUAAAUGUAACCGUCAGGUAUAUUCUACCCACGAGGUUACAAAGGGAAAAUGCAAUGAUUAUUAUUAACGUAACCUUCAGGUAUGUUCUACCCACGAAGUUACAGAGAGCAAAUGCAGUGAUUAUUAUUAAAUGUAACCGUCAGGUAUAUUCUACCCACGAGGUUACGUAUAGCAAAUGCAGUGAUAUUAUUAAUGUAACCAUCAGGUAUGUUCUACCCACGAGGUCACAAAGAGAAAGUGUAAUGAUUAUUAUGAACGUAACCUUCAGGUAUGUUCUACCCACGAGGUUACAGAGAGCAAAAGCAGUGAUUAUUAUUUUCAAUGUAACCAUCAGGUAUGUUCUACCCACGAGGUUACAAAGAGAAAAUGCAAUGAUUAUCAUUAACGUAACCUUCGGGUAUGUUCUACCCACGAGGUUACAGAGAGCAUGCAAAUGCAGUAACAAUUAUUAGAUUUUAGUGCAACUAUCAGGUUGAGUUCCUCCAUUAAAAGAGUUUUUUGCUAGGGUUAAACAAGUUUGGCUUUCAUGAGUUUCAAGGUGCAAGAAAUUAUCAGUAUAAUUAUAGCACACAAACAUUGUCAUCUAAUUUUUCGCACGUAGCCGGAAUAAGCCAAGAAAUGAAGCAUAUAUAACGAAAAAUCGUCCUCAGAUGAUCUCCAUAUUAAGUAAAUGAUACUAAACGUUGCGAAAGAAAUUAUUGUUUGUAUCCGUCCUAUCCAUCGUAAAAGCGAGGGGUCAUCGCAUGACAUCCGGUAUAUUAAACAGAGGUAAUACGCACGGGUUUCACGAGUUGUAUGCACUAUUUUUCGCCGAGAAACAAAUUUAAACUUCAAUUCUUACCUUACAGUAGUCCGUUCUUUUACCUUGCAUUCGACAACAAAUCUGUUAAAGGCGAACAAAGCGAUUCCGGCACUCUUCUUUAUGAUGAGUAGCAAGCCGCAGGAACUGAAGCCGCUUGACUGAAGUAAAAUCCACCGAUAUGCGCGGUAUUCUCACUACAAAUAUAAACAAACGUCGCGGAGAAAAAAAGACGAGGAGCAAAAAACGCCAGAUCUUCGCCUCGGCAAUGUAUUCCAGCUACCAUGCCGGCGUAUCUCUACAAGGUGGACUCGACGUGGGACAAACCUUGUGAUCUUUUUUUAGAAGCCCUUUGCGCGCAAACUAAUUUAUUCUGGCGCGAAAUGAAGAAUAUGUAUACUGAAAUCUAAUCCACAACAAGAAGAUUUUCGCACUGUAGCGCGACAUACUAAAUGCCUAUUUUUACAAGUACGCGGAGAAAGUGGUCCACUAGUUUAACUAUUUUAAGAUGAAUUUACUCCACAAAAGCAAAAUGAAAUGUUUUAUCUCUAUGUUGUUUACGUGCCUGAUUAGAAGGCAGAAGUAAAUUCAUCAUACAGACCCCAUCAAAAUGAAAGUACACGAAUGAAACGGAAUAAGUCUGGGACGGUUUAGUUUCUACUCAGCAGCUUCUUUGCUUUUAUAACAAAAAUUUAAUGUUGCAGUCUGUUUUAAACGUUGGCAUAUCAACGCGCACAGUCACUGAAUGAAAACAACAGUCACGAUCACGUUCUUCGAAACCGACCAGACGCCCGCGACCUACCACUGUUAUGGUAAGCAAUUAUCCUGAAGGUGUUAAUGUUACCGUGACAGUCUUCGCACUAAAGGUGUAAAUGGUAAACCGAACGGUCGCUUUGAUCAUCAGAAAGACCUGUCAACUUUGAUGAUUUAACUGAUUAAAUUACGGGACAGAAAUUUUACUGUAUGCGGCUCCUCGUGCACAACCGAACCAACUCAACCUUGGCCAUCAGUAACUGGUUAUGGUGAAUUAAACGCGUGCGGGGAAAUAUUUUGAAUGAAUAAUAAUUUUAUUUAAUCAGAAGUUAGACAAGUAGACGCUCCAACAACAACUUGUUAUGUGUGGGAGGUUCUUUGCUGUCGUCAUUGCCUACGUUUUUCAACCAGAACAAUUGGUGCAGUUUUCAGCUCUUUGCAAGCAAUAUUGAAGGAAAUAUGAGCUAUCGAAAACUGCGAAAUUGCUGGGUGCAAAAAAAUUAAUGAGCCAUACAUUCUUUGUAAAAAUUUCGAGUUUUUAAAGUCUUUAGAGAAUUUCUCCGAAACCAUUUGUUAUAUCGGGCUUAAAUUUUCAGAUAUAACUAAAAUUGUUAUGCUCUUUCAAUAUUCAAAACUUUAAGUUUUAUUUUAUCAGCUUCAUCAGAUAAUGAUGAGCAUAUGUUAUGAGGAAAAAAUGUAAACAAAGAUUGGCCUAUUCCUGGCGGCCUUUCACUAAGGAACGCCACGACAGUGAUGUUGGCGCUCGCAGAUGAGCCGUUCAUGUUGCCGGCCCACAAACAGGCACCUUGGUUGACCCUCGAAAGGAGGAGUGUUGACCGGUUUUUCCUUCCUUUAGAAGUACAGUGAAAUUAACGUAUGACCAUAAUGAUUUUUAAGUUAAAUACACCGUUUAGUAUCAGAACACCAGGACCUUCUACCGGACGAAGGCUGCUCUUGUUAAUCAGCUGAAAUUUUCUAUGACUUUUCACUUUCAAACGAGGCAACCUUGCAGAUUUUAAGGCGCUCCUUCCAGUCGUAUUCGCUAACUAUUCCCAGUCAAAGUUCAAAAAACCAUGGAAGAGUCUACCGUAGGGAUGCAUAGAUCUGUACAUUAGCUUACAUUGACCUCAGUGUUUUCAUGUAUGGAAAUAAAGAGUUUAAUAGUACAGAAAUAAAAGGGGAAAAUGUUUACCAAUAAAAAUAAUGUUACCUGGUGUCGUUGUUUUCCUUUUAAGACAUUAUGUUUGUCACUUCAAGAGCCUUUCUAGACAUGGGUACCUGCGGGCGUCGUUUUCGACGCGCGUUUUUCAUCAAAUCGUCACUUUUCAACGAAAUUUUCGUAUAUCAAGAAUUGUUUUGCGUUGUAACGCUACUACCGAGCUCAAGAAAACAAAACGAAAGACGACGGCAAAGAGAAAAUAAAAAAAGGAAUAGGUUUUACAAGCAAAACGAAAACUCUGAACGAACAACACACUUAAAGGUUGUCAAACUUGAUCUGAAUAUGGCAAUGCGAUGGUCGCGGUAAUCUCUAAGAUCGUCUAUUCAUCAAUAGCGAUCGUCAUGACUUCGAUUUUGUCGGCCAUACCCAUACACAGUCUGACUUCACUGGCGAGAAAAUUCUGAGCUUUUGGCUUUGUCUGGUACUGCCCGAGCAUCAGCUACACUGAAUCCACUUUGAACAAGGAUCAUACCGGUUGCUGAAGCUUUGCUUGCAGUCCGCCUUUUUUUCUUAAAAUCUGUCCAGUUCUUAUCCAAGCCAGUGAGACUGCAAACAACGACGUUUAUAUUCCACAAAUAUCCAGAGCGUUGUCAAGUGGUUCUUUCAGACACUGUUUUAUUUCUGUCUUUCCUGUACAUGUGUUUUUUUGUUCCCGCGUUUUAACACAAAUAUUUUGAGAACCAAUCAGAAUAGAGAUAAAAACAACAAAUGCACUGCAUCAUGGGAAAUUUGGCACAUCAGUCUCAUAUGAUGGUGCGUUGUAGACUCCCUCAGCUCAGGCUUCUCUUUUUUGAAAAUUCGGCCCAUUUCUUCAAAUAACUCUGAAGGUUUCUGGAAACACGGCGUCUAAGAUAUACUUUAGUCAAGCUGAAGACUGCCUGUCUGCCGAAUUUCGGUUCCAGUUACGGAGUUAUCCCACGAAACAUCAACAUGGCCUCAGCUCAGAGUUUGGAAUCUGACAAAUUUAGCAAUGUAAGUAAGGAUUUUUCCUUCUCCAACAUUUUGAUUUGGUUUUCGUUAUUCUGUUGGGCAGUUACCUGUUUUAGAUAUAAUCUAACUUCAAGUUUUAAAUUUUGGCUUCAUGAUUUUCAAUUAAGUAGGUCAAAGAGUUUCGGUUAAUUUUAGCUUGCAUGUUGUUUGAUCAGUGGUAUUGUGCAGUCUCACGUAUAUGUAGUGUUUGUUGUGCUAUUCAUUACAUGUUUUUCAUGAUCAAGAGUACGUUAACUGAAAUUUAACUAUUCACUGGUAGAAUACAUCAUCAUACUAGUGCCUCAUAGCCCUGAAAACGAGUAGUAUUUUACGUAUAGAUAUUAUCAACAACAACGCCACAUUGUGCCGUUGCUGUAAAAGAAGAAUCUAUUGACCUAUGAGGCUGUACGGAAAUCUUUAAUACCGAGAAUUUUCUUAAUUUGCCAUCCCUCAACCGACCUAUUUUGGAAUUUCUUUUUUGAUUUAAGAGUACAAGACCCGUCUGUGAAAACAGACUUGGUUUAUGGCUCAGUCAAUUUGUCAUCCUGUCGGUCCCGGCGGGGGGAAUUUGUCAGAACACCUCUGCCGGGGUUGGGACAUUUGCCAAUUCUUCUUGAAGUGGUUAACGUUGUUCCUUUUUCAAUAUGUCAUGAAAAAAUAUGACUGUUUAGAUAGCUAAAGUAGUUUUAAGCAGUUUUGUUUGCUUGUUCUUGUGUUUCUAGUGCCAUAGUUUUGUACAGCUCCGAACUGAGACAAUAGCUUCGUAUCCAAAUGUUUAUUACAGAAUUUGUUAAGAGCCGGAAAUGUUGAGUGUUGGAAAUUAAUCAUCAACUAUACCUUGAUAUAACAACCAUUUUGCGUGUUUUCCCAAAAAUUGAGUAAAUCAAGGUUUUCGAUAUAAUGAACUCACAAUGUAACGAACAAAUUUUCCCAAUCCCCUAUAGCCCUUUGUUCCAGAGGAUACAUGUACAGUAUAGUUCUUAACCCUUCAGGUCCUUGACAACUUACACAUUUGUGAUGACACACCUUGCUCAUAUCAAAUGUUAACUGUACUUAUAUGUAUUAAAGCAGGCAGAGAAGAAACUCGGUGAUAAUUCCAGGACAUGUACCUUGUGCAAGCGUUACAACCUCAGCAGAAACAGCUCAACUGGUAAAUGAAUUCUAAGCACUUGGUUAAGUGUUGUUUUAUCCCAUUUCCCUUGCCCCCUGCGUGCUUGUGUGCCUGUCGAGAAUUUAUAGGCAUUAUAGCUCCUGAGGGGGUUGGAGUACUCCCUUACAUGUAUAUAAGCUAUAAAUUAUAGGUAUGUCGCACCCAAUUUAGGUAAGCACCAUUUCGGUCUGAAAAUGGGUAUACACUUUGACCAUUUUUGGUCUGGAAUCAGGUUUGGUUUUAACAGAGCUACUGAAGUGCAUGAAUGUGAAAGAAAAAAUAUUACAUGAAUUCGAAAUAGAUUUUAAGAAAUCUCUCUUAUGGCAUUCUUAACUAAGUAAUGAUGACGUAAUAUUUAUUUCUCAGAGGCCAAGCCUGAAAAGAUGUAUGAAUUUUAGAGGCCAGGUCUGGAAAGGGGUGUGGAAAAUGAUAACCGGGCACCACACCCACACAUUCAAGCAGCAGAUUUGAUUAGAGCAACACAACUAAAUCAACAAAGGGUUGUUAUUUUGAAUUUUCAAAACCCUAAAAUGUGAGUUCCAGACUGUCGGAUAAAAGAGCAUGUUUUUCAUUCAAGAAAAUGUAGCUUCAGUUUAUCAGCCACACACUCCUUUAAGCAAUUAACAAAUGAUGAUAACUUAAUUACGUACAUUUGCACGUGAACAAAUUCUGCCUAGAAAUCUACAUGUAUAUAAAACGUGUAAAAAAAAUGGUCAGUCGCUGGUGCUUAUAAGGGAGCUGAAGCAAAAAUGUUUCUGGACGACACAUGUCAAGCAGAUGUGAGGCCUUUUCCCUUUUAAUAGUAUAGCUUGACUCUACCAAAUGUGUCUUGCUAAGUAUCUUUACUCUUACUGAGACAAAUUGCCAGAGAAUUUGGGAAAAAUUGCUUCCCAGUAACACAAAAUGGCCACUUCCGGUUUGACAUGCAUCGCUCAAAAACGUCUCUCCUUAAGUUCCUUAUUGAAACCCCUGCACAACCCCUUCCCUACCCCCCCUUCCCCAUUUGCUCCUUAAGAAAAGCAUCCAAACGUAGCUAAAUACCAAUAUACUUUGAACCCAGUUCAUAUGUGGCUGACCAUGGAUACCAGGGACAGAGAGAGACAGUUAAAACAUGUGAAGAACUGCAUUUUGACUCCAUUCUUGUUUGGAAAGAGAAUGAAUUACUCUUCAAAGGCAAGUGUAUAAACUCAAUUCUUUGUAACUCAACUUAUCUUUCAAAGUGUUUUGGAAGGGAUUGAAACUACAUUCUUGCUACACUGGAAGUGAUUCUGUAUCAUUUUCAGGGUAUAAGUGGGUAUAACAUUUUUUCCUUAGGUCUAGGUCCCCAUCUAGACAUUCUUUAAACUCAAAGAGGAGCUAUGCCAACAGGAAGUAGUUUUCAUGUGAAAUAUGUUUCAUGAUAAUAUUAUUGCUCAGCAGAAGUUUUCUGCAUUGAGAGUUUCAUUAUCAAAUUAUUUAAGGAGAGCAUUUUUGCCCAGAACCAAGAAAGUUAACAGAAACUUAUAAAUAUACGAAGUACAUUAAUUAAUUAAGAAGUAGAUUUUAUUGUUUUCUUUUUCUUUUUCUUUUUCAUUUUUACAGAAUAUUACAUGGCUAGAACAUUUGAGACUUAUACCAGCAACCAGGUUUGACCAGUUCAAAUGUUUUGGUGCAAUGGUUACUGCUAAAAUAGUGAUGGUUAAAUAAUUAUAAAGUAAAAUUAAUAAUUAUUUUAUUUAUACAAUGUAUAAUGCUGUUUGCCACUUUGUUGUCCAAAGCACUGUUUUAUCCAGAUUAUGCUUAUUAGCAUCAAACCACAGUAUUGUUGUUGGUCAUUUUGCUGUCUUUCUUGUAGGUGCAGCUAGCUGAAGAUCAGUAUUUUAUUGUUAUUAUUAUAGUAGCUUUGUAUGAAAACCUUAGAGCCAGUUGUGGUCAUGUUACAGUAGCUCAUUCACCGCUCUAGAAUAGCUCUAAAUUUCUUAAAAAGAGCUCAUCAUUAAUAUAAGUGCCUCAGAAGUGUCUUUGAAAAUGUAAUCCGUGGGCUUAUUUUUGUUAUUUUUUAACAUGUCCUGCAAUAUUCCUACAAAAGUUCCUAGGCACUCACUUGUUUUUGUAAUUUUUCGAUAAUAUCCAGGUGCCAAUUGUUUGAAAGGUGGAUAAUGCUAUCCACUGAAUAAAUCUCUAUCCAUUGGAUAACACAGUUGGCUUCCCUAAUAUUUAUUUGCUGGAUAGUGAUAAAUCCUGUGGAUAGCACUAUCCAAUAUUUGAACAACUGGGGCCUGUAUUAAUUUCUUCAGGAGUUCCUGGCACUCAGUCACUUGCUUGUCAGAUAGAUUCAUAGAAGUUGCUGAAUUAGCAGAGGAAAUAGUCGACAUUGUCUUCUCCUGCCUUGUAAGUUGUAUAGAAAUGUGAUCUUUCUGCCUUCAAACUCCAAAUUUUAUGAUGUUUUAAUUCUUUUGUCUAGCACAUUCCUCACACUAUUUUUUGGACAUCAAGCUGUAUCUUUUGAUAUUCAGACAAAUGUUUUACUUGUUGGCUGGUUCUUGUUGACUUGUUUAACAGGUUUCUGAGGAGUUUCUGCAUAGCAGUUACCACAUACAUAAAGAACUGACAGAUGUGAGUGAACAAUUUUGUUGUGCUAGACUUCUUUGCUUAGAAUAAUAUUUAAAAAAAAAUAUUGUAGUAUCUAAACAGCCUUGUAUGUACUGCGUGCCUACAUACCAUGUGAUGUGUUCCAUCAAACCAGUUCUGGUAUACAUAGGAUUGUUUGCAUGGUGAUUACUUCAAAUUUGUUGUCAGUCUCAUAUACAGAUGAUUUUAAAUAGUUAUUCAACAUUAUUUUACAGUGCUACUGUGUAGAGAGGGCUCUCACGAUUGGAAAGAAAAGUGAAUUUGUCUCGCUUAUGUGGUAUGCCAAACAGUUUUCUUGUGUUACAUGUGUACAGUAUUACAGUCAAAAUACUUAACACACGCUGUUUUUUAGUUGGGAAUGACUUUGUUUAUUGGGAAUGGAGUGGAUUCUUUAAAUUAAUUCUACUUUCAAAUUGAAUAUGGUAAUGUUCCAAUGGGUGCUUUGCUCCAAAGGAGAAAUGGUAUUGGCUUAUGAUUGACAUCAGGCAAACCUUCACAACCUAGUGGCAGCUUGACACAUCUGACCUGAUAUGUGUUUGCUUAACAAUAUUCCUCGUACAUGCUUUUACACAUGCACAAGCUGUCUGCUGUGAAGAAGAAUUCUUUAAAAAAGCAAGUGUGCUGUAGAUGCUUGAGAAAUGUUCCUGAAAAUUAAGAAAAAUUCCCUGUAAUGUCAAACAAGAGGCUGAAGUGAACAGGUGCCAAUUCAAUUCAAUUCAGUCAACUUAAUUUAAACAAAGUAAAUAGUUGAGCAAGCUGGUUUUCGGACAUGCCGUGUAACAAUUAUUACAAGCUAUAAAUAUUAAAACUAGUGAUUAACUAACAAUAAUUUAGCGCUAGGAUUUGCAAUUUUAUAUCUGUCCUUAUUGACUCUUAUAAGUGUAACUAUCUAGUUUUAUGGCUGACCACUGUCCUUCCAUGUUUUAUCUGUGUGAUAAGUACAUGUACCAUCCUACCUGCUGCAUGGGAACUCCUUAUUAGUUGAAUAAAGAUCAGCACAGCAGUUGGUAGCGCGUGGCUUUCCUCAUGGAAGGUUUAGAGUUUGAUUUCAAAUAGUGACCUUAAGGUAUCAGCCACCCUUCAGGACCGUCCGCGCGCGGAUCGCUGUAGCGUUAGUUGUUGUUAUAAAAACCCCCAUAAACCAUAUAUUUUUUAAAAGCUUAAUAAUUCCAGAUUAUGGAUUUGAACUAAAAAAAAGAUUUACUCAAAUGUGCUUCGAAAUUGGAACGCUUUGUAUAAAAGUACACGUCUCUAUAAAUCAUGUUCCACUCCCGCCGGAAAUAAACGGAAGAAAACAAUUAACACCGCAUUCGCUUCUCAACAUGUUCUACUAAAAAACCGUGUCUCAGAUUUUUGACAAGUGCGUUUGUUUUUCUUUUAUUAACAAAUAAAGUUGGGGAAGACAAUUAGUCAACACUCCCUGUGGAAAAAAAGCUGUAGCUUUAAAAUGGAAAGGAGUAUUAAAAUUCGCAGACAUGGUUUUGUAGAAGAGAUAUAUGGCAUCACUCUGGCCAAAUUUUAGCCAAAUUGAUUGAAAGGCUGGCGACUUGGAGUUCAAAACGUACGAGUCGAUCGGCAAAAUUUGCGUUCGGAGAUAAAAUAGAAAAUACAUUUUUGGCGGCAUCCUACCUGGAAUGAGAUUAUAACGCCUGAAUGUUUAUUCUGAUCGAUAUCAGAGAGGGAUCAAUUUUCUCUAACAAUAGGACUUUGACAGGUAACAUGUAACAGGAACAAACUUUCGCGGCAAGCAAGUGAACAGUUUAAUUCUCCGUUGGAAAACGUCCACUCUUUUACACCACGAGAAGCACGGUUUAAUUCUUUCUCGAGCAAAAGUUUUGCCUCUCCUUCGAUCUUUUUUGUAUGAUCCGCCCAGGCGUUUUUGUUGAUCGGAGUCAGGCCAAGGAAACUAAAAAACUUUGAAGGCGCCGAAUGUCCACCACUGAUUGCUCGAAGGCCAAGAACUGAGGCCCGGUUAUUUCAAACGCUCUCCUCUUCUCGGAAGAAUUAAAAACAGAAUUUGUCUUGUGCAACGGACAGCUUUCAUUCUCGCACUGGAUUCCCCGGGUAGAACCAAGUCCAUGCUUAGUCGUUACAUUUUCCAUGACUUGGACUCUUCCCUGGCAAAAUCGACAAGAUACAGAUGCGUCCAUUUUCACAAGCAGCUUUUCGCUCGAUACGAUAGCUCGACUGCUUAUUGUUUUCCACGUUCCAUCAGCACAUGGGGUCGAUGAGCUUAACUGGCUUUCUUCAUCUGGCUCGUCAAGCUAUAUUUUGGAGCGGCUUGCACUCUCAGCAACAGCAUUUUCGCUUUUCUGAAUAUCCAACCCCUCGAGCCACUUCUCUUGCUGAUAAAAUAAGCCUUGGUCGCUCUCUGCCAAUUUUGCGGUCCAUUCUUUGUCAAACUCGCUCUUCGAUUUCUUUUUUCGCUCUCGGUUUCGAUGACGAAAACGGACACGACCUUUUGGGCGGCAUUUUCACCGAAGCAAACGCUAAAUCUAAAGGCUAUAAACAACGCAAAGACAAUUCGCACGUGUUGUGUCGAAGCACGCACUCGGUAUCACAUUACUAGUUAACAGGCAAGUUAAUUGAUAUAUGACACAAGUAUGAAAGAUCUUGUCAACGAUCAAUAAUUAAGGUAAUUAACGAGAAAAAAUCUUUUACCCCCGAUAUCUUUCAACAGAAAUAAUAUUUUCUUCUAAUUUUUUUUUUUUAAAGAAAGCUCUCAAGCAUAUCUAUUUGAAAACGUUGAAACCUCAAAUAUGGAAAAAUGGCAAUUUUAAGGGUGGCUGAUACCUUAAAUCCUUGUUUUGAUUGGGGGGGGGGUUAAGCAUUCAAGAUUCAUGAUAAUUUCAGAUUGUAUGAUGAAUAAACAAACACAAACAUUCAAUUACUUCUAAUGUUUGUAUUUUUUGUGUUAUAUCAUUAAUUUAAUGCUUUCUGGAAAUUUUUAAGGCUCAGACAGGGUUGGGUUUUUUGGGAUUUUGUUUCGGUUCUUGCCCCCAUUCGAUAAUAACCAUUGCUUGAAAACCUUUUAACAAGAAGUGUUUGUUUGUUUGUUUUUUUUUUCAGUCAUUGCUUCAAUGGAAAUCACGCUUUAGAUCAGAAAAGAAUUCAAAUGCUUUCACUAACCAUUCUUCAUCAAGGUACUUGUACAACAGCCAAAUACAUGUACUGUUCAUGUUAAAAUUAACUUGCUCUUAAAACAGUGCCUAAAUCUCUCCCAACUAAAUGCAGCACAUUAUAAAGUAACUAUUUCUACAGUUUCUACAGUCAAUUUCUCAAACCUCCAUGUGGAAUGACCUCUUGUAUGUGUACAUGUUUGCCUAGUCAAAGUGCUAUUGCUGGAAUCUCUGGGCAUUUGAGGUGGUGGCUUAUGGAAGGUUUUACAAUAACUUAACUUGUGAGUUCUACCCUUGAAGAAAGGCUGCACUUUACAUUCUGUUUUAACACUAAGGGAUCUGCAGACAUUGUCAAAUUUAUUUGUUGUAACAUUAAAAUUUGUUCCCCCUCCUGUUUCCCUUACAGCACUGAAACAUAUCUACCAGAUUGCCAAGCAUGGUGACUGUGUCACAAAGUUUGAGGAUUCAGUGGCAAGGAAAGAACCGGUAAUUAUUUCUGCAGUUAUCCUGUAGUCUGCAUCACAGGCAAGACUAAACUUCUGGUUGAGUCUCUGGGGAGAGUAAUUCCUUAAAGUAAUACUAAAUAGCCUAAUGGGGAUGUGCCGCUGUAUGGGGUUGCAUUUCCUUGACUGGACUGAUUGUAAUGGGGCUACAUUCUCAUUAGAGUUAAUAGAAUGGGGUCACACAUAUUUGGAAUUUUCGGGUUAAGAAAAUUUUUGGAUCUAAGAAUUUGAAAAAAAAGUGUGAAUUCACUUUAGGAUGACUGACAGGUACUAGACUUUAUGAGGUGAAGAGGCAUAAAAGAAAGUUACAAGUAAAUUAUAUUUGUCCAAAGGUGACUGAGAUGGGGAUGGUCUAUAACUGGCCAAACAAUAGAUUAUAAUGGGUUAGGGUUCUGAGAUGCCAGCGGCAUAUACCCAGCAAAAAUUGACCCAAGUAGCUCCCAAGCAGUCUUUCUGUGAGCCAGUGCUGAAAUCCUUGAUCUGGGCCUCCACCUGUGUACCAGGAUUUGUGUAUGUGCCAUGAUUGGCCUGGCUUGUUAAAAAAGCCAAUUAUCGAUUUGCCAAUCAGGUUGAAGGGAAAUUGGAACACACUUCCAGUAAUUUGUCGAGUCUAUUGGGGGUCUAGAACAAGGAUUUCAGUGCUGCUUUGUAGACUUUACUAUCCAGGGGUUGGAUUGUGUGUGUGUCUGUAAUGCACGCUACUAUCUUGUGUCCUGUUUUCACUUUCUAAUGUUAUGCAGGGUGCAAAGAAAGCCAGUUUUACAGCUUGCCAUUUAGGGAAGCUGUAGCUCCUGUGUACUAGCCUGAGAGUUAUUUUAAGGUAUCAUCCAGGGUAAAAACCCAUCAUUUUUCGAAAUUUUCAAUUUUUAGAUGAUUAAGUAGAGCUCAUCAAGAGCUUUCUUUUAAAAAAAAUUCCAGAAAAAAAAUGUUUUUUCUGUGCAGACUAAUGGAGCGCAAAAGUUUUUUCUAUGCUAAUUAUUUUAAUUGAUCGUUGACAAGUCCUGUCAUACUUGAUACGCAUGCCGCUGUUGAACCAAGCUAAUCACGCAAUUUGACAGAAAUCGUGGUCUACAACUGCUCACUGUUUUUCCCUGGAUUUUGGAAGUGAAUGCCUCCAAAGAAGAAAAAAGAGCUUGUCCGUUUUUGUCCUUGACUCCAAGACGAAAGAAGACGUCAAAAUCGUUUUGCAAAGUGUGGGUUUCGAAAUUAGCAGAGAGUGACAAGGGCUCCUACUACAAUCAAGAAAAAUGGCUAAAAGAUGACAAAGCUUCUGAAAAACCCAUUGAAACUACCACAAAAUCGAGUUUCACAAGUUUCUUAGCGAGCGGAGCGAGCUUUUUAGGUCACGAAGCGACCAAGCAAGUGACAAAUUCGCGACCGGUCCCGCGCCAUAUAAAAAAAGGAAGAAGGACUUUUGUGAAAGUCUAUUGUAGCGGGAGAGCAGCUCCAAGAAAAACUCCAGGAAGCGGUUUGUUGUCAAUUUUUCCAGGGAAGUGUCGAACUUUUAAAAAAUGUAUCGAGUAAAAGUUGGCUUGGCUCAAAAUGAAAACUGCCCGUCGCAAAUAACUAAAGAUGCUUUCUCGACAACAGGAGGAUCGAACAGAGCAGAACGUUCGAAGUAAAUUGUUCAUCUGUUGUUGGGUUUCGUUUGUAUUCUUUUCCUGCUGUGUCACUAUUGUUGUCCCUUUUCUGGUAUGUAUCAACAUUGACAGCUUUGGUGUUAUAAUCUGUUAUAAUCUCGUCACGGGCAAUACACCGCCAAAAAUAUUUUUCCCCUGUUUUCUCGAAAUGAAAAUCAGAGCAAGUUGAGGGUACGUUUUGAACUCCAAGUCGGCAAUCCGGGAACCAAUUUGGCUGAAAUUUGGCCAACUUACUGUCAGAUAGUUUUUCUAAAAAACUGUGUCUGCGAAUUUUGAUUUCUUUUUUCGUUUUCGAGUAAGAGUAUUUUUUUACAGGUAGUGCUAAUGAUUUGCUAUCCCUAACUUCAACUGCUUAUAACAAAAGAACAAAACCACUUGACAAAAAUCUGAGACACGGUUUUUUAGUCAAACGUGUUAAGAAGAGAAUGCGAUCUUAAUUGGCUUCUUCCAUUUAUUUUCGGCUGGCCUGGACUUAAAUUUACAGCGACACCCACUUUCACAAAAAGCUUCCCAUUUCUGAAUCGCGUUAAUAUUUUGAUUUUUUAAAAGGAAUAAGCAAUAAUCUGGAACUAUUAAGCUUUCAGAAAAUGUACGGUUUGUGGAAGGAUUUAUUAAAAGCAAAAACGCUAGCGCCGAUCAACGCAGGUAGGGUGCUUAAGGGUGGAUGAUACCUUAACAAGCCUUUGAAAAUAAAUUAAUGAAAAGGAUUGAUUAUAGUUGUUGCCCAAAAAAUUCCCCCAAAAUUACUAAACUUGCCUGUCAAACAAGUUAAGAACAGAAUUCACUAGCCCCAUCACAAAAUCCACUAUAGCCCCACCUGGGCUAUGCAGACACAAUUUUCCUUGCACGCUGGUAUGUCAAUUCGUCAGUUUUUAAUUGACUGAUGUUACACUGCAGUUGAAUAAAUUCAACCUUGUAAAGAUAAUUGAAAGAAAAUGUUUGCUACAUGAUUUGUUGAAAAAUACUUACAUGAGUUGUUGUUGGUGUAGAUUUGCACUGAGCUAAGGUUGAAAGGCAAUGAUCAAUUUAUGGCUGGUGAAUACGAAGCAGCUGUUUCCUUCUAUUCACAUGCGAUUGAAUUCAGGUAAAUAUUUUAAACAUCAGUGUAGUAAUAAUCAAUCAAUGUUUGUUAUUUUUCCAAGUCAGUAAUAACAUGUAUGUUUUGGUAUGCGUGCUUCCAUUGAACAUUUCUUUGUUGUUUAGUUUGUAUGGCUCAGUAGGUUGCGAAAUAUGCAAAGUUUAACAUACAGUUAUAUGCACAGUUUUAAGAAUUUAAAACUUUUUUCCUAGUCCAUUUGAUCCCUUGUUGUAUGGCAACAGAGCUCAAAGUUAUCUCAAGUUAAAAAAAUUAAGGUUAGUCAAAGAAUGUAAGUUAAAAGUGUCUGAUGGCUACUUUCACUUUAAUCAUAACUUGAAACAGAUAGUCUAAUGAGGGAGGGAUUCCUGAACAAUUCCUUAGUAUUCUCGGGACCGUCACUAAGGACCAAUAUUGGUUAUUUUUCCGUGGCUACUGUGAGUAUUACCCCUUGUUACUCGUCUGGAAAACAAGGAAAAUAGAACCUAAAGAACUGAAUCAAUAGCGCCGUGCGCAGUUACUAUUUAUAGACCCGAAACUCAGACAAACAAACUGAAAUUAACAUUAGCGAAUUCCUCACUUUUGUCUGACUUUUCUUAUUAAAAUGUUAUGUUUGUCUGUCUUUUGUCAUUAAAAUGAGAAAAAUGACAAAACUCAGACAAAAAUUGCAAAUUAGUCACAUUGACAUCAUUCACAUGCUACGCUAUUUAGGUGUCUGGGAAACUGCCCACCUACCCCUCCCCUAAGCAAGCAUUUUGCCCUAAGUGAGAACUAAGUGAUAAUGUUCACUUAGGGAAGGGGUGGGUGGUCAGUUUUCCAGAAACCUAAAUUGAUCUAAGAACUUCCCCGCCUACUUCAGAUAUGUAGUUAGCAGGCAACCUGGUUCCUAGCAUUCUCUCCUACCCAUCCCUAUGGAGCAAGAGAGAGACAGGUCUUCCUUGACGGGUAGGAGAGAGAACUUGGAAGUGAAGUUGGUUAGCAGGAUUGCAAGUUAGUGAGAUUGAUACUCUUUAUGAUAGACAUCUCUGGACAUAAGUUCGGAGCCUACUACUUGCAUACACCUGUGGACUUCAAAUCUUAGCCACAGUCCUUUUUUGUGAUCCAACCACAGGGAGGCCCUGUCUGAUGCAAAGAGAGCAGUGUAUCUCAAGCCAGAGUGGGAAAAGGUAUUUACUACAACUUUUAUAUAACCUGUCUAUACUGGAUCUUGAAAUUAUGCUGGCCUCUUGUGUGAGCCCUUAAUUUGAAGAGGACUAUUUUAAUGCUCAAGAAAUCUUUGUUUCAGGGUCAUUACCGGUUUGCUCAGGCUUACUUUGAACUUGGUUUUCCUGAAAAAGCUAUGGCAGUGAAUUCAUUUGCUCAAAAGUGUUGUUCAUCCACUCUGAACUUGCUUUGCCAAGCUGUUGCAUUCAAGAAAGGUAUGUACUUGGUAUCACAACUGUUUUAUUUUAAUGGCACUGAGCAAUGGUUGGAUAUUGCCUUUUGCAAUGUUACCAAUAUUUGAUCCUAAAACACCAGACAAUAAAGAGAUAACUCUGUAAUUUGCAGCAAUGCCAGUGCCUUUAGUUGUUUUGUAUUGCUGGCCCUAGUUGUUCAAACAGUGGAUAGUGCUAUCCAUCUAUUGAACAACUGGGGCCAGGUGGCUGUUUGUGUUAAAGAAUGUGAGUUGCCAUGCUUUUUUCCUCACUGAGCGGCCAGGGUCGUAACCUGAGUAACAGUAAAAACGUCUUUCCCACUCAUCACUUGUCACCUGCUUGAUUGGUUUCAUUCUUGGACUUUUCUCUUCUUUAAAAAGAGAUACAAAAAAGAUUACCAGCUUGCCGUCUUCUUACUAAGUAAAAUGCACCUGUUUUGUCCAUUUUGGGAAAACUGAUAUAAAUUUUAUCCUUGGGAGAGGGACUCUGAGACUCACCAGUAUUCCCCAUGUUAGAAACUCUAGGGAGAAUGGCUACAAGCUUUUGGUGCAGUGAUUUCAGCAGAGUUUGCAUAAUCUUGAAAAGUCCUUAAAUUUUAGGGGAAGUCCUUGAAAAGUCCUUGAAUUCCAUUUUCCCUUGUAAAAUCCUUAAAUCUCUGUACAAGUCCUUGAAAUGUCCUUGAAUUUUCUUCAAUUUUGCAAGUAGUAAUGUGAAAAGUGUUUUUCAAUGCUUUUUGGUUGUUCAAGACAGAAUAUAAAUCAUAGCUCAGAGAACUUAAAGGUGAUUUACAUAAAGCGUUUUUUGUUUAUGCAGUAAUUAACUAUCAAUUUAAGGCAAGUUGAACUGAAAAAUGUAGAGAAGUUGGUGCAGAAAACAGUUCAAGCCUUAAAGUCCUAUUACUUUGGAAUGAGAAUGUGCAUUUUUGUACAAUCUAUGAAAUAACAUUCCUGGUAAAUGUUCCUUGAAAAUCAAAUGUUGUCCUUCAAAAGUCCUUCAAAAUGGUUGCAGUUAUUUGUAUAAACCCUGUUUCAGGGGUUGUUAGGGUGGACAAGCGUUUGUUACGAUUGGUGGAUGGUAUUCAAGGCAACCAUUAACCAAUCAUAAGUAACGCUUGUCUACCCAAACAAUCCUGAAAUCAUUGCACCAAAAGAUUGUAGCCAUUCCAUUUGUUUCUGGAAGGGGAAUUAGGUUGAAGUUCUCCUCUGAAGUCUUAAUUUUUAGCUGAAGAAUUUUUUGUUUUCAUACUUUUCUGGAGUCAGUGACUCCUUGUUCAAUGUUUUUGGACAAGGUAGUCAAACUAAACAAACUAAAUUUUAAGUUGUCAUGGAAGAUGUUUCGUAGGAUAAGCCCCAGCUUCUAUUUAGGCUUCCUUGCCAUUACCACUAUGAACAUUUGUAAAAUAAUUUAUUUAGCAUAGUGUCUAUCAUCUUUAAUAUAUUAUAAAUUUCUUGAUAAAUGAAUAAAUGAAUGAUUUAGUGAAGCAUCUGGUUCAAUGUAAGUUUAGUUUCUUGUCAGCAACCAACCAUUGGUAAUCAAGUGUAUUUUGAAUCAGAACUUCAAACUUGCAAAGAGAUAACCUGUCUCUGUCUGUGUGUGUUUAAUUGUCCAUUAGAAAUGACUGAAUCAGCUGAGAAGAAAAAAGCUCCAUGCUGCAGCCAAGGUGAAAAGCAAAAUACUAGCAGCAAUCAACAGCAAGAACAAGGUCAGUAUUGAGGAUGCUGAAAUUUAAAAACAAUUCCUUUCUUUAGUUAUGUCCUUUUAAAAAUGCCAGGGCCCGGUUCAAAGCUGGGUUAAGAUAACCCAGGGUUAGUGGGAAAUUUGAAUUCAGAUAUGAAAGCUUAAAAAGUACAUUCAGUUUAAUUCUUUUUGUCAACAAGUUGAUGAUUGGAUGCUCUUAAAAAUAGCAGAGAAAAUUAGCCAAGAAAAUGCUUUUGAACAAAUGAAAAAGAAACCGGGUUAAAUUUAACCCUGGGUUAAGAGCUAAUCAGCCUUCGAACAACUGUGCCUAGGUGAUUUGAUCAAAAAACCAAGAAUCUCCUUUUGCCAAUUCAUGUGAUUUUACAAUAAAUGGCCAAGUUUGAUUGUUUUUAAUAUGCUGAAAAGGGGAUUUUCUCAAAAAAACUUGGUACUUUGCUUAAAGGGGCGAGAUGUCUCAAGGAUAUUGCUGUUUUAGGUCAAUUCUGUGCUGAACUAACCUGAGAUCAGGCCCUAUUUGAGCAGUUCUCAUACAUUCUCUCUAACGGCUACCGCUUUCGUUUCGUCUUGCCCGCCGUAAUGUAAUUUUCAAAGCGAAACGAAAAUAGAGCCUGAUCUCAGGUUAGUGCUGAACAGAAGUCAUUACUAGUGCCAUAACCCAUACACAAAAUGCCCUUGUAGAGUUAUGAAAAAUUUUAUCAGGGAGUACUAACAAAAAUAUUUUGUUGGCACCAUCCAUUGCAACAGACGACAGGAAACAGUUUCAAGGCCUAAGUAUAGUUUGAAAUAAAACUGGAUGAUUAGUUUUUGAAUUGAAAUUGAUGCAAAUACAUUUUAGCUUUUUACAAAGAUAUAAAAAUAGUGUGACAAAGUCCCUGUAAAGUUAAUGAUUAAAACGAUUUGUAAUAAGGUAACUAUACCUAGUGUUUUAACUACCUUUUACAGCUUGUUCUGUCCUGGAAAACACAUCGAAAACACGAGUGGGAAGUAAGAGAAAUUGGAACAUUGCGAACCAAGCAGAAAGUCCUGAUCCUGCAUUAGCUUCUUCAGUAAAAAAGGAUACGCUCAGACCUACAAAUUUUGGUAGGAUUGUUAUCAAUGACAUUUGCUUUGUAAAUUCGUAUGAGUUCUCCUAUCUGAUAUCCUCAUGAAUUCACUUCAUCAAUGUGCAGUACUUCAUUGUUCCUCAAAUUUUCUCAGGUUUCUCGAUUAUUGUGCGCACAAAAGGCGUACAGUUAGUAUGAGGUAGACAGGACUCAGUGUUUGGUAUCACUGAUACAGCAUACAUGUAUGCCUCAAAGAAGUCAUGAAAUCCAAAAUAGUUAACAAUUACUGGAUGAGGCCGAGUAUGAUUUAAUAUACAUAUUGGGGAGGUUCCAUCCGUGUCUGUGCGUCUAACUUCAAGUCAAUCAUAGAAUAAAGGCAAGCAUCUUCCAAAUUUGGUGACCGCAAGCUGGCCAAUCAGAAACAGGGAAAUAUUUUGAAUGAAUAAUAAUUUAUCUUGUUCUUACAGAAAACGAAGAUAAUCGAAGCGCUUGUAGUGAAAAAGAAGACUCAGAUUUGGACUUGUCUGAUAACGACUCGCUGCCCCCUCUGACAUUUGACAGCAGUGACGACUUAAAUGAAGACGAGGAUGAUGAUGGUGACGAUGGUGAGAGCCUGUGGUGUAUAGACCUUCCUCCCUUGGCCUCUUUUAAUGAAUCAGACACUGAAUCGGAUUCUGAGCAUGAUGAUGAACGCUGUUCAUUACAUGAUGAGUUUUAUUGUACCUGUGACCAACAAGUUCCUCCGCUUCACUGUGUUUCAGAUGAAUCAGGCUGCUCCGGUAUCUGUCUUUGUUUGCUUUACGAACCUUAAAUAAAUGAUGAUAUAAUAAAUAAUAAUAAUAAAUGACUUUAUUUGUGGUGUAUCCACUAAUUACAAUGGUUCUUCACCUGUAAAUUGAUUACAUUAACCACUCUCCUAUUGCUUUUUUGCCGAUCUCGUUGCCGUCGCCGUUGCUUAAGUUCUGGAGCUUAGCAACGGCGACGGCAACGAGAACGUAAAAGAAAUAAUAGGUUUGAUCAGCAAAACAACAACUUUGUCGUGCUAUACACUUAUUUUACAAAUUUCUUUGCCGUCACUGCACGACUACGACGUGAAAUUCCCUCAAGCGAAGUCUUAUGGAGGACGUAAAAACACAAGACAACAAAUUUCUCCUUCUCCCUCUAAACUUGGGUGCGGUUCCCAAGAACUCAGUUCUAGGGAAAUUCACCUACGUUUGAGAUUUUACGUGAGUUGAAGUAAUCACGACAAAGUUUGCCGGAAAAAAAGUCUUUUAAAUAGUGUCGUUUUUGCUGCCGUCGCCCUGUCGUUGCCAAAGCUCCCUAUUAAUUGCUCUCUACGCUUGUUGGCAAGAGUACUACUGUAGUCCGACAUGUUACCCUGGGGUAUUUGCUCAACGGCAGGUCACGCCUGGGUAUCAAACCCGCUUAUUAUCUUUGCAGGUUCUGAAUGCGUGAACUGUAGACGUUUUGGCGACGACGAUGAUGAUAAUGAUGAUGGUGAAGAUGACGACUGCGAGUUAGAUAGUGAAAAUGAAAGGUAGGGAAUCAAGAAUCUUGUUUUCUCCCUGUCUCUUUUUCGUAUCAUUUUGGAAGUUAACUUUUGCCGGAUCAAUGAUAAUUAUGAAUAGCCCUCAAAAGGUUGAGUUUGAUCGUCCGGGUGAACGUAGUCCUGAAUAGGACUGUUGUUGUUGACAGUGACUGACGUUUCGACAACCUGUGCGGUAGUCAUCUUCAGAGUCAAAGUGAGUUGUAUCAGGUCAGUUGAUGUUAUUGAUCUGAUUGGUCAAUUAUGUCGCGAUGUUAUUGGUCGUCUGUCAGUUAAGCCGUGAUGUUAUUGGCUAUGAAGACUCGUAAUCAGUGAUUGGUGCGUUUCGAUCCGUCUAUUGUCACAGUUAAACAGUCGUCUAUUGUUAGUCAAAUUGUCAGUUCUCCAGUUGUUCUCUCGUUUGCCAGCCCUGUUUGCCGGCAAUUUGUGGCUGGAACAAAUAAAACUGGGCUUCCAGAAGAAAAUGGAAAUUUGGAGUGCUCCUCAUUUUUCACGCUCUUUCCUGCCUCCGCAAGAUUUGAGCUCGUACGUAAUGACAUCGGAGGUGAAUGUCAGGAAAAGGCGUAAAAUAAAAGCUAAACAGCGUUGGUUGCGGCAAUGUUUGCUGAGAUACAUUCUAGUUCUACCCUAAGCCUGUGUUCACUCUAUACCGGACAGCUUUUGCGCUGGCGCGAAAACCAUACCGGAUAGGGCUUCUGCAGUGCAUAUGCAAAUGCACUCCAUAUGUCCCUGAUCUGCACGUGUUUGUAUGAUUCGAACUCUCCUUUUUUCCUCUGAAAAUGCCCUUGAAAUUUCACAAAUGGGUCGUGGAAAAUCCUUGAGUUCUUCGCCUAAAAAAGUAUGCGAACCCUGAAUACCCUGUAGAGAACGAAUUAUUUUUUUUUGUAGAAAAGGUUAAUUGUGUUUGUUAUUGUGUUUUGUUUUGUAGUGAUAAUGAGGAAGAUGAUAGGGAUGAAUCUGAGAGCAUUGAUAAUGUGGAUAUCUUGAGUUCGUUGUUAAUCUCGCCUCUCUUCAACCAGGAGGUGAGUUUUGACUGGCGGAAAAAGAGGACAUUUUCGAGGCCUCCGUUUCAAAGCGAGGCUAAGUGCGAAUCCUUCGAUAUGAAAAUGAUUAUUUUUAUUCUCAUGCAAAUAGAACUCAUUUUCACUAGAAGGGUUUUGUACUUGCCCUCGUUUUAAAAGUGAGAGGUUUUGGCACUCACAAAGGGCCUGUUUCAGUGUCCAUAUGUGGCUGGGACCAAGACUUUCCCGAAGAUCCUCUAUUAAGCCCCCUCCCUCUAAUAAGCGCCCCCUUUUCAGGGGAAGAAAGUUAAUAAGCCCUCCUCCCCUCUUUAUUCUUGACUAAUUAAUGAGUGACUGUGUUAAUCAAUUACGACUGUAAAACCUCGUAUGGACUGAUCCAGGAUGGUUUAUUUACUAACUGGAAGGUUGGAUUUGAUUCUGAUCCUCGGCUGCGUGACCUAAAACUUCUUGUACGUGAGCUUUUCCACUUUGUAUUCUAGUUCUUUAUGGAGAACUUAUACCGUUGUCGUUUCUAAAUGAAAUAGCCCCCCGCCCCUCUCAAAGAAGCUCUCCUUAAAAUGGGCUUAAACUAAAUAAGCCCCCACCCCCUCGGGGGUAUUUAGUAAAGGGUCCGUUUCGGUGAGGUGUCUGUAAGUAGAGGUUUGACUGUAUUUGAUUCCUAACGUAGUGCAUUGUUGCGCUUUGUAAUUGGCUGAAAAUUCCUGAUUUUAACUGGAAGGUCUUUUUCAUGAUGAAAAAAAGGGGGGGGGGGGGGCAACCUUAGCAAGAGUCAUGGUUUUCAAAGUAACAUAGGUUAGUCAGCCGAACGUAUUUAUCGGUACAAAAGUACCCUACAACCAAAGAAACUUAGUGCGACAUAAUUAUUGUUGGUUUAGUUUUUGUUUUAUUAUGGUUAUUUUUUUUAUGACAUCUGCUGAUUUGGUUGUUGUUUAUUAAAAUUUUUGUUUAUUUUUAGGUGAAUCCUCUUCCGCUUUUUUUGGGUCUCAUUCGUGAGGUAAGUACAUGCAGGAAAGAUUAGGCGUUUAUUUGAAGGUGGCGUUGAUUUUAAAAUCACAUUUCUGAAAUCACUGACAGCAAUUAAAAAAAAGAAAGAUGUUUAAAGUUCCAAUGUCUCUUUCAUAUUGUUGAGAUAGAAAACGUAACUGUCUGGAUGGUAUAGCCUCCAAAUUUUACAGAAUCUUUAUUUUAAUCUUCGAUAAAACACCGCAUGCCUCUGAUUGGGUGCGGCGUUUAUUGGUUCAAGUGGAACCCCGCUUUACGGGCAAUGGUUACCCGCGAAGUGUCUUUUUUCAUUGUCACAAUAAUGUGCCAAAUGUAGACAUUGUAACCCUGUUCAAAUUAUGAGAGAUAUCUAUGGGUUAAUACUGUUGCAAAAUAGCGUGACAUGUUUGUGUCUUCCUGUGUUUGACCCUUGUACUGUAGCCAUUUAAUAAUUUUUUCUUUUUUAAACGUGAAAACUCUUCUAAUGCACCUUUGGAACCAGUUAUUUAAAGGGAGUUUAGCCAGCGUUUAAUAAAACCGCGUUCUAAGCUGUUUUCAGGUUACCGAACGCUUUUAUGUAAACACUAUUUAUCUUAAACAGUUUGAUGAAAGCAUAUAGUGUAGACCAGAUAAGCAUUUGUCUUUUUAAAAUAAGUCGCUAAGGAGGAGAUCUAGAUGUACAAAGAUUUCCCAAACCGCGGUCUAAGUUAGACCUCGUUUAAAAAUCACUGACCCUUUAUAAUUUAUAACCCUUAUUUUCUCGGAUGCUCCUUUUUUCUCCUCGGUUCCCAAUUUAGAGUAAGGAUGUCGAUCGAACAUGGUUUUUAAGAGGUAUUUUUUUUCUUUGCAGUUUUUAAGAGCUCAUCCCGAGAUGGCGAAUGAAGGCACUCCACCAGCCCUGCCACAGGUGAUUGAGUCUCUUCCAAAAAAGGACAUCACCAAAGAACAAGUGGGU